CUAGUGAAAUAUUCUCUUGAUAUGUUGCAUGAGAAUUUCCAAAGAUCUAUGUUGAAUUGAGAUAGAAUAUAAGUAGUACAAGUUGUAUACUUUAAGGACAAGUACAAGAAUAUUAAAUAACUUUUCCUGCAGUUGUGAGUAUUUAUAGUCCUCUGGCUAAAAUAUUCAUAGUUUUAAUUGGACUGUAAUGUAUAACUGAUUUCAAAGUCAUUGUUCAUUAUAGGCCAUAUAAAAGCUUGAUUCAAAAUGUCCCGUUGGGAGGAUUUGUACAUUUUGUUACGUAGUAUGAGAAUGGUAGCAAAGUGUGCAUCUGAUGAAAUUCAAAGGAAAACCUCUCAAAAUUGGAUGAACUCUUCAAUUAGAGUCUCUCUAACAAAAAAUUUCUCAAAAGUUGAGGAUAAUAUAAAUAGUACGAUAUUCGAAGAUAAAUUCAAGAAUCCUAUAGAUGUCAUGAAUUCGAAUCUUGACUAUGCUAAGAAGGCAACGGAAAAUAUUCGCUAUAAAAUUAAAAGCAGACUCCCUGCUGAUAUUGCGCCAAGCUUUUUAAAAGAAGAGCUACCAGAGGCAGUAAUUGUUCAAAAUAGUUUGGGCAAAGAAAAAACUGAUAGUUCGAGCGAAACAAUACCUGAAGAUGCUAAAGCUAAUAAGGACGUAAAAUUUUCGAGGAUGUCUCAUAGAUAUCCACCAUCUAAGAUUCCUGAGUUUCUAAAGAAAGAUCUUCCUUAUAGUAUACUGGUUGAAACGGGUUUGGUUGACGAAACAGAGGAAGAAUACAGAAAGAGAACAGCUCAACCUCCUCCACCGACAAAGUCUAAUAAAAAUUUAACUCCUAGGCAAAAAUAUGAAGCUGCACGUGAGAACAAAAAACCCAAAGUUUUACAGGGACUUAGUGAUAAAUCAAAGGAAAGAAAAGUUCCUGGAACCCGCAUAGGUCGGAUGGCAUCCUUUGGAAGUUUAGGUGCCGGAUUAGCUUUUGGUGCUGCCUCGGAGGUAUUUAAAAGAAGCGUUGGUUUAGGUAAAACAAAGAAUAGUGGCAAUGAAUCCUUGCUUAAGGAAAAUCCUUUCUUAUCUGAUGCCAAUAUGGAGAGAAUAGUCAAUACAUUAUGUCGUGUUCGUGGAGCCGCCUUAAAACUUGGUCAAAUGCUUAGUAUUCAAGAUGCUUCGUUGAUGAGUCCACAAUUACAGCUUGUCAUGGAAAGAGUUCGCCAGAGUGCCGAUUUUAUGCCAAAAUAUCAAUUAGAAAAAGUUAUCAGAGAAGAGCUGGGAUCUAACUGGAGAGAAAAAUUUCAGUCGUUCGAUGAUAAACCAUUUGCAGCUGCUUCAAUUGGCCAAGUUCAUAGAGGGACAACUCUAGAUGGGAAAGAAGUUGCGGUAAAAAUUCAAUAUCCCGGAGUGUCUUCUUCUAUAGACUCUGAUAUAGAGAAUUUGCUAGGAAUUUUAAAGUACUGGAAAAUAUUACCGGAUGCCUUAUACGUGGACAGAGUUGUUGACGUAGCCAGAAAAGAAUUAAAAUGGGAAUGCGAUUAUACUAGAGAAGCAGAAUGCUCGGAAAGAUAUAGGAAAUUAUUAGAGAAUGAUGAUGUUUUCUACGUACCAAAAGUUUUUAAAGACUUGAGUUCAGGAAAAAUUCUAACAACUGAACUCGUUGAAGGAGUUUCUGUAGAUAAAGUAAUAAAUGAAAAUCAGGAUACAAGAAAUGCUGUUAGUAGAAAUCUUCUGAGAUUAUGUCUACGAGAGCUAUUUGACUGGAAUUUUAUGCAAACUGAUCCGAAUUGGUCAAAUUUUCUAUAUGAUUCAAAAACUGGCUUGAUAUCUCUAAUAGAUUUCGGAGCGACUAGAGAAUAUAACAAAAAAUUUGUAGACAUCUAUAUCAAAAUUAUUCGAGCAGCAGCGGACAAGGAUCGAGAACAAAUAUUAAAGCAUUCUGUAGAUUUAGGAUUUCUAACUGGACUAGAAAGUAAAGUAAUGCAGAAAGCCCAUUGCGAUGCAGUUUUGAUUUUAGGAGAAGCUUUUGCAACUGACAAAGAAUUCAACUUUGGAAACCAAUCAACCGCCAAGAGAAUACAUGAAAUUAUUCCUGUUAUGUUAAAACAUAGAUUAACUCCUCCUCCAGAGGAGACUUACUCUUUACAUAGAAAAAUGUCAGGCUGUUUUCAGCUCUGUUCAAAGCUUUCCGCAAACAUCGAAUGCAAAUCUUUAUUUUUCGACGUAUGGGAUAAGUACAGAUUUGACGAAUAA